AUAUUGACAGAUGGGUCCCAUGCUAUCCUUUAUUCCUCACCUUCCCUCAGGCAUGUUCUUCUUCCUCCGCUCAAACCUUCCCUCACAGCCAAGCUCCCGUCCAACCCAAAAUUCCCCACCAUCACUAGUGUGUUCUUCAAUUCUUUGCACCUAUAGUUUUCCCAGCCCUCCAGCAAGCCAUUGGAGCCGUUCCCGGUCCAAAUCCUUCACCGGAGCUGCCUCACCGCCGUCGCCGCCUGUGGUGACCGUGCGUGGCCCAGGGGGGCCGCCGUUGAGACCUAGGCUCCGGCCAUCCCAUGGCCCGGCCAGGGCCUCGGGCGUGUUUCGGGGGAGGUGCUGGGUCUCCCCAGCCGCUGGCCGGAAAGAGGAGGCACUGCAGCGGCCAGUCACCAUGGCCGUCCCUUUCUGGGGAGGACGACAGCUCGACGCGGCUUGCGAGGAGGUCGGCGAUGGCACGGGCGAGGCGCAGGCUGGAGGGUGGGGCCAGGCCUAGGAGGGCGGAUGGCGAGGUGCUCCGCGUAGCCUCUCAUUGGACAGAGUCCCUCGGUCGUGAUAGGCCAGCUUCAGAUCUGCCGUUCCCCGCCGGCAAGCUUAUCGACGUACGGUUCAUCGACCACGACCAGACCCCCUCCUACUUGGUCGGCGCGACCGCGCCGUCCUUCCCAGAUCUGACCACCUCGUCGCAUCGCAUCCCGCCCGGUCCACUCCGACGGCCGCCCCGUCCCCCCUUCUUUAACCCCGCCGCCCCGAUCCAGCCCCGCACUCCACCACCGUCCCGGGAAGUUCAGCGCCAGCGCCAGUCAGCAGACCUCCCGCCGCCAUGGCCGCGGCGCUCCUCCUCCUGCUGGUCCCGCCCGUGGGCCUCCUCGCCGCGCUCGCCUUCCUGGCGCGCCCCCGCGCCGCGCGCGUCCCGCUCAAAUGCCGCCACGUCCUCAUCACGGGCGGGUCCAGCGGCAUCGGGCUCGCCAUGGCCACGGCCGCGGCGCGGGAGGGCGCGCGGGUCUCCAUCCUGGCCCGCAACCUCGCCCGCCUCGAGGAGGCGCGCGCCGCCAUCCAGCGCGAGUCCGGCCGCGGCGACGUCGGCGUCCACGCGGCCGACGUGCGGGACGCGGACGCCGUGGCGCGCGCGCUCCGGGAGGCCGGGCCCGUCGACGUGCUGGUCUGCAACCACGGCGUGUUCGUGCCGCAGGAGCUCGAGCGGCAGGACAUGGAGGAGAUCAAGUGGAUGGUGGACAUCAACCUCAUGGGCACCUUCCACCUCAUCAAGGCCGCGCUCCCCGCCAUGAAGGCGCGCACCCGCGAGACGCGCCUCCCUGGCUCCAUCGCGAUCAUGUCCUCGCAGGCCGGCCAGGUUGGUAUCUAUGGGUACACCGCGUACUCAGCGAGCAAGUUUGCGCUUCGGGGAUUGGGGGAGGCGCUGCUGCAUGAGGUCAUUACGGACAAUAUUCAUGUCUCGCUAAUCUUCCCUCCUGACACUGACACUCCGGGUUUCGAAGAGGAGCAUAAGAGGAGGCCAGAAUUGACGAACAUCAUUGCGGGUUCAUCUGAUGGAAUGAAGGCCAAUGAUGUUGCAAAGAAGGCUCUGGACGGCAUCAAAUCCGGGAAGUUUGUUGUCCCCUGCAACUUUGAGGGCGCAAUGUUGGCUAUAGCCACUGCUGGUUUAUCCCCGCAGAGCUCCCCGGUAAUUGCAUUCCUAGAGGUGAUUGGUGCUGGACUCAUGCGGUUCGCAGCGCUUUGUUUCCAGUGGAAUUGGUUUUCUACCAUAGAGAGCUACUAUGCCAAGAACAAGAAGCGCGAGUGAGAACACAAUACAACGUGACACACCAAAAUACUGUUUUUGUUGAAUUCGUUGGAGUUGAAAGAUUAAAAAAUAUAAAUCGUAUUGUUGGUAACCUGAUUUGAAUCUCAUGUAGCGGGUAUGCAGAGUAGCUGUAGUUCUGCUUCUCAGUUUUAGCUUUACCUCUUUUAGAUCAUGGAAUAGAUCAUGUGUACAAUGUAGAUUUCAGCAAAGGAAUGCCAUAAAGGCACAAAUUUCGUGGAUUUGUGAUUUGACCCGCUUGAGAUGGAGCUGCUCUCGUGCAAAUCCCUGUUUUGAACUGUAA